GAAACAUCGGAUAAGGAUCCUCAUAGACAACUAGGAAACUACUUUCCAGUGUGAUACAGUGACGUAAUUCUCAGAAUGUUCAGCGACUCAAGGGAAAAACUGAAGAAAAAUAUUCUUCUUGUGAUUGGCAAGCUCCUCCGAACUAAGGACUUUUCAUCAGGAGACCUUGUGGAGACGUCAUUAGACAAUAAACUAAAGAAAUGUUUAAGUACCUUGGACCUCACGUCGCUAGGUGUCGGGAGUUGUGUCGGAACAGGCAUGUAUCUAGUGGUGGGUAUGGUAGCUAGAAACGUAGCAGGUCCUGGAAUUAUUCUUUCAUUCAUAAUCGCUGCCAUAGCCUCAUUGUUUUCUGGUGUUUGCUAUGCAGAAUUUGGUGUCAGAGUUCCACAUACAACAGGCUCAGCUUAUAUGUACAGCUACGUCACCGUUGGAGAGUUUAUUGCAUUUGUUAUUGGCUGGAACAUGAUAUUAGAAUAUUUGAUUGGCACAGCUGCAGUUUCUUGUGCUUUAAGCGCCUGUAUAGAUGCACUUUGCAGUGGUGCAAUAAGCAAGAUCAUGAAAACAAAUAUUGGAACAAUGCUAGGACACACACCUGACGUCCUUGCUGCAAUUAUCACAAUACUGAUGACAGCACUCAUGGUGGCUGGUGUUAAAAAAUCUCUUCUUUUUAACAAUGUCUUAAACACCCUUAAUUUUGCUGUUUGGAUUUUCGUGAUGGGAGCCGGAUUAUUUUACGUUGAUACUACUAACUGGACAGAACACGGCGGGUUCAUGCCUUAUGGUUGGUCAGGGGUACUUGCUGGAGCAGCCACAUGUUUUUAUGCCUUCAUUGGAUUCGAUAUCAUCGCUACUACUGGAGAAGAAGCCAAGAACCCUAAGAAGUCUCUGCCACUUGCCAUUAUUGUCAGUUUACUGAUCAUUCUAACGGCUUACAUCACUUCCAGUGCCAUUGUAACUUUGGUCGUACCUUAUGACCAGCUCAACGCCGAGAGUGCGCUGGUGGAGAUAUUUCAACAACGUGGAGCUACGAAUUCCAAACUUAUUGUAGCGAUUGGUGCCCUAGCAGGUCUGAUUGCAAGCAUGAUUGGUUCAAUGUUUCCAAUGCCACGGAUAGUAUAUGCUAUGGCAAAAGAUGGGCUGAUAUUUAGAUCUCUUGCUAAAGUCUGGUCCUUAACAGGCACCCCAGCAGUGGCAACUUGUAUAUUAGGCCUUUGCACAGCCCUUGUGGCUUUGGUAGUAAGCCUCGAGGUCCUUGUAGAAAUGAUGUCUAUUGGUACACUUAUGGCUUACACGCUGGUGUCUAGUUGCGUUCUCAUUCUUCGUUAUCAACCACAAUCCACCACCUUGGUCGAGCUACUUCCUCAGUCCAUCCGUUCUGCGUGUCCAACACCAUCUAGGGAAUUUCCUAAUCCAUUCAAUGGAUACCAAAAAACAGUUCAUGCCAAACGAACCAAUCGGGUCGACUCAUCGGACAGUGAAGAUUCUAUGGGCAACCUUCCCGAUCCAACUUCUUCCAGUCUCUACAACAGAGUACAAGAUGAUAGAGACCAUCUUGUAGGUAACACCAGUUCUAACCCUACUCCACAUUACGGUAGCUCAGAGAUCCUGACAAGCGAGCCGUGUACUCUCAAAUCAAAGCUGAAAAGAUGGAUUACAGAAAAACACGACAAGUUUAUGACUCGUCUUUUCCCUUAUGACUGGACCGUUCGAAAGCCCGCAUCUUCAGAUUCAGGGAUGUUUGUAAUGAAAAUUGUUGGGCUUUUGUACCUGUUCAUUAUAACUUUGGACCUGAUCGUAGUCUAUGCCAUGGCACCUCUAGAAUCUGGAAGUCCUGUUGCAGUUUUCUUUUUCGUGGCAUGCCUUUUAGGAAUUGCCAUUUGUCUAAUAACCAUCACUCUUCAACCCCAAAAUAGAUGUGACUUGCAAUUCAAAGCACCAGGUGUACCUUUUGUGCCAGCAAUCGCAGUCAUCAUCAACAUCUACCUGAUCCUCAAAUUGUCUAUUCUGACACUAGUCAGAUUUGUAAUCUGGAUGAUGUUAGGCCUUCUAAUGUACUUCCUGUACGGUAUCCAAAACAGUAACCUGGAAUCUUUACCUAUUCCGUCUAGCUUUGAAAUAAUGAUACCAGACUACCGAAUAGAGAAAGCUUCACAAUCAGUAAAUAUGACAACAAUCUUAUCUGGCAGUUGUGUCCGUGAAACAGAAACAAUACUUUCGUCAAAUGAAUGUUUAAAACUCCCACAAGGUGACACUAGUGAGGACCUCUACAGCGGUUCUGGAAUGAAUAACAAUACAGAAGCUACUAACCUCGGUCAUACGAUAACGUUUCGCUGGGAAGUGUUUGAUUAACAAUAAACUGUUAUUGAGAUUGUACAAGUUCUAUGUGUUACGUUGGUAGAUAAAAAAAAGAAGAAAGAAGUGAUUUUAAUCGUUAUACAUUUACUGUGCAUAAAUAACAAUUAAUGAAUGAUAAACUGUUAGCUCUUAUGCAUGACCAAAUAACGUGUUUUAAAGCUAUAUUUCGUUGUACUGGAAUAUUGUGUUUAUUAUUUAAAAAUAUCGAUGAUUUUAUAGAUUUCAACAGAGAGAAUUAUAACAUAUCACUCUUCCAGAUUAAUUGUAUUCAGAGUAUUGUUCAGUUGAGCAGAAAACAUUUAUCUAUUGACUAAAAGAAAGUCAGUUGAUUAAGACUGAAUAACAUUUUCCCAACAUACCUUUGUAUUUGUGUUGUUAGAAAUUGCAAGCAAUCUCCCAAGUUGUCAGAUUUUUUUUUCUUCAGAAUUGUGUUUAAAUUAUUAAACACUUGAUAGUAUUUAAAUACUGUUGAUAAAUAUUGGUGGAUGGAAGUCGGUAGUUGCCUAAUCUUAUCAAAAUAUUUAUUUUAUACUAACGCUAACUCUUCUACAAACACAGUAGAAACAAGAGCCAGUUUAAUUUGUUAUAUUAUCCGGCUCUUCAUUAUUACAUUUAUCCGAGCGUUAAAGUUGAUUACAAUUCGCUUUGUUAGAUGUUGCUUCAGACGUUGCGGGGUGUUAAAGUCUUUGGACACUGCAGAUUAAUAAUGACUCAGACGCUGUGGGGUGUUAAAGUUUUUGGACACUGCAGAUUAAUAAUGACUCAGACGCUGUGGGGUGUUAAAGUUUUUGGACACUGCAGAUUAAUAAUGACUCAGACGCUGUGGGGUGUUAAAGUUUUUGGACAUUGCAGAUUAAUAAUGACUUGUAUGUUUUAGAAUUUAUUAAAAAUUGAAUAUAUAUUGCAUUGAUGGUAAAAACAAUUACAAGCUGAAAUAAGAGAAUACAAGUAGAGACGUGGCUUCUAUUACAUAGUUUUAUAAAUGUGUUCACUUCUCUGUGCCAUAGUCAAUCUUAUCUGCAUUCAGAAUAGAGAGAACAUCCAAAUAUAAUAUGCUCUUCUUCUUUGGAGAUACGCAUUUUCUUUUGCAAGUGUGUGAUAAUAUCUUUAAGAAGAAGCUUUAAGCUAAAUUUAUCGAAUAAAUUCAAAUCUUAUGCAAGCAGUGCUCUCAUCUAGAGAAAAUAGCUUGUGUAUUUUUAAGAGCAAAGCUACACAAUAGGCUAUCUUCGCUGUGCCCACAGCAGUAUCGAACCACGAGUUGUAGUGUUUAAACUCUCAAAUUUAUCGCCCAGCCGCUGAGUAAGGGAGUAAAGACACUUUUUUGCGGAGGUAAGGUAAAAUAUUGAAACUGGAAUUGUCUUUGCAUGCAUACAAUAAUAUAUUUCUGUUAAUUUCACAUGCAUAGUAAAUUUCGCCAUAUCCAUCGGUUAUCAAUGUUGUUUAACAGGGUUUAAAAACGAAAAUGGCGUUACUUAAAAACUCAAA